GUGAUGUCAUUGACACCUCAUCACUUUUUGGACCUCUUUACUUCACUUGGAUCUCUCUCGCCUUACCCAAACGCCAAAAUCUUUAUUCUAAUACAUUCUCUCUCUCUCUCUCUCUCUCUCUCUCUCUCUCACUCUCACUACUUAUAUAUAUACCCCUCACGCCAUCUUUCUUCCUUGCAAAAACUCCUCAAUUCAACUAUUGUGAAUUAGACUAGUGUCCGAAGACCAACAACACAUAAUAAGCACACACACACCCUCUUUGUGGUGUCUCUUCCUUGCUCUUUGACUUCAAAGAACACCAUUUUCGCCUGAAUCUCCUAACUCUUAAGUUGGGUUUUUUUUUUUACCCUUGGGAGGUGUGUCAAACUCACUCAGGUUGUGGGGGCAACACUUUGUAGUGGGAGUUAAACUUGGCAUGCAGUGUGCACCAACUUUGAGAUUUUGCACACUACUAGAAUCAAUCAUAUUAAACAUUUAUUCUGAAGCCUAACUUAAAGUUGGUCUCUGACAUAACAAAGAUGGUUGAGAAUGAUGAUGCCAUCAAGAACCAUCACCACCAAACAUUUGACGUCUCCCUUGACAUGCAUCAACAAGAAGGUUCUAAAUGCUUCGACGACGAUGGUCGCCUCAAACGUAGUGGAACUGUGUGGACUGCAAGUGCACACAUAAUAACUGCAGUGAUUGGGUCUGGUGUUUUGUCUUUGGCUUGGGCUAUAGCUCAGCUUGGAUGGAUUGCUGGUCCUGCUGUUAUGAUUCUCUUCUCUUUGGUGACUUACUACACUUCCACUCUUCUCUCUGCUUGUUAUCGAACUGGUGACCCUGUCACUGGCAAGAGAAACUAUACUUACAUGGAUGCUGUUCAUUCAAACCUUGGUGGCAAUGGCAUUAAGGUCAAGCUCUGUGGGCUAGUUCAGUAUGUUAACCUUGUUGGAGUCGCCAUUGGCUACACUAUAGCGUCUGCAAUAAGUAUGAUGGCAAUAGUAAAGGUUAAUUGUUUCACCAAGAGCGGAGGAAAAGAUCCAUGCCAUAUGAACAGCAAUAUUUACAUGAUUUCAUUUGGUGUUGUGGAAAUUAUUGUAUCUCAAAUUCCAGACUUUGAUCAAUUAUGGUGGCUCUCCAUUGUAGCUGCUGUCAUGUCCUUCACCUAUUCUAUAAUAGGGCUAGGCCUGGGUGUUGCAAAAGUUAUAGAAAACAAAGCAAUUGGAGGAAGCCUAGCCGGGAUAAGUGUUGGUAGUGUGACACAAACUCAAAAAGUUUGGAGGAGCUUCCAAGCUCUUGGUGACAUAGCAUUUGCCUACUCAUACUCAAUGAUCCUUAUUGAAAUUCAGGACACAGUGAAAUCCCCUCCAUCAGAGUCAAAAACAAUGAAGAAGGCAACUUUUAUAAGUGUUGCAGUCACAACCCUUUUCUACAUGCUUUGUGGAGCCUUUGGUUAUGCUGCUUUUGGAGAUUCAAGCCCUGGAAAUCUUUUAACAGGUUUUGGGAACUAUAACCCAUUCCGGCUCCUUGACAUAGCCAAUGCUGCCAUAGUUAUCCACCUUACUGGUGCAUACCAAGUUUACUGUCAACCCGUUUUCUCUUUUGUUGAGAAAAACGCAGCAAAAAGAUUCCCAGAUAGUGAUUUUGUGAACAAGGACAUUGAAGUCUCAAUCCCUGGUUUUCCUUCCUACAAACUCAACCUCUUUAGAUUGGUUUGGAGGACAAUUUUUGUCAUUGUAACCACUUUAAUAUCAAUGCUCCUCCCAUUCUUCAAUGACAUCGUUGGACUUCUUGGUGCUCUUGGAUUUUGGCCCCUUACAGUGUAUAUCCCAGUGGAAAUGUACAUUGUUCAGAAGAGAAUACCAAAGUGGAGCCCAAAAUGGAUCUGCCUCCACAUGCUUAGUAUUGCUUGCCUUAUAAUCACUAUAGCUGCUACAGCUGGCUCUAUUGCUUCCAUUGUUAUUGAUCUUCAGACUUAUAAGCCAUUCAAGACCAGCUAUUGAUUGUAUAUCAUUACACUAUGAUCGCCAUUGUUUGAGAUUUCAGAAGCAAGGAAAGAAAUUUCAAUUCUUGCUCAUAUUCAUAUGAAGCUUAGGAUGGUGACAAUAUUGUUGUUAAUUGCUUA